UCUCCUGAAAAACACGUUUGGUGACAACUCACAACCUGUUCAAAAUGGGUUGGUUUUUGCUUGGCAAAUCUCCCAUGGAUGCCAUUUUUGCCCAGUCUCUUUCUUAUUAGUCUGCAUAUGUGUAAGAUCUGCGUAAGUGAAGGAACCUCUUGUCUAUGUUUGGGUGAGCUCAGUGAUGAUAGGGAGGGUCGAACUGUGCCUUUUUCUACCUUGUGUAGAACUGACAUCCUUUGGAAGACAGGAAGCUCAGUUUAGUCAGCUGCAAAUAUGACUUGACCUGAAAAAAAAUCUAACAAAAGGUUUGUCAGUGGUUUACAGUAGUAUCAAACUAGUACCACAAGUGUUUUCAGGAGAUGCAAAUUCGUAUGUUCCCCUCAGCAAUUUCUCCUGAAAAACACUUUUGGUGACAACUCACAACCUGUUCAAAAUAGGUUGGUUUUUGCUUGGCAAAUCUCCCAUGGAUGCCAUUUUUGCCCGGUCUCUUUCUUAUUAGUCUGCAUAUGUGUAAGAUCUACAUGCGUAAGUGAAGGAACCUCUUGUCUAUGUUUGGGUGAGCUCAGUGGUGAUAGGGAGGGUCUAACUGUGCCUUUUUCGACCUUGUGUAGAACUGACAUCCUUUGGCAGACAGGAAGCUCAGUUAGAGAUCUUAAUCAAGAGUGGCUAUUAUGACUGAGAUGUUAAACAUGUAUGGCGUCAGGAGUAGAUCAAUCUUAAGUAUAUAAACCCUGUGCAAUGUAAGUAAAAUUCCUUCACUUUCAUCCUUGUGCUGUCAGUGAGCUCGAUUGCAAUUGUUAUGGAAUUAAUAUACUGAUCUACAACUCCGAGUCCUGAGAUAACUUGAGAGUGAAUUUUUGUAGAUCUUACACAUAUGCAGCUGCACCUGAACUGGUAAGUGUUUGGCAACAUUGCGCAAUAGUGAAUUUCAGACACUGAAGGCCUGUUAGAACUUGAGCUCACUUCCCAUGCCAGUUUACUGAAAUGCACCACCCCUUCUACGCACCCUUUUAAGAACUAUUUAUAUAGCACCUGUCUUCUAGAUUCACAUUUAUACCAAAGAGCAUAUUGAGCAAAGACGCCAUGUCGAAGGUAAGCAAUUCAAUUUGAAAACUCACCUGUUAUUAUUGUUAGAAGUAUUAGUACUAGUAUUUAUUUAUUUAUUUAUUUAUUUUCAGCUUUGCCACUUAUUUUUAUUUAUAAAAUUCAAUGCAGUUAGCCAGGAGGAAAAAUGGCCUGCCGGACAUGUCAUUGGUUUGCUUUAUCGUGUCAAAUAUUUUCUUUAUACCCCACCUUUUAGGGCAAAGCUGUACCCUACUGGAACCUGUCGGUUACUGUCCUGCAUGCAAAACUGAAAUGGUCACAUGACUACUUUUCGGAGUCGGACUGCUACGUGAUUCUGAGGCUCCCCACGUCCUCUGCUCGCUCUCACCGCACCCAGACAGUGCCCAACAGCAACAACCCCGAGUGGAACGAGACGUUUCACUUUCGCAUCCACAGCCACGUCAAGAAUGUUCUGGAAAUGCGGUUUUAUGACGAUGACACGGCCGCUCGAGAUGAUCUAUUAUCUGUCAUUAUGUUUGACAUUAGCCAGCUGAGGCUGGGCCAGAAGGAAAUUAAAAUGUUCACAACAAAUUCUGAGACCCACGAUAAAUUGUGGGUUGAAUUUGAGCUGGAAGUGAGUCCUCAGAGCUCAGGGGUGUGCUUGUCAAAUGGCAUACUGGUGGCAACACCAUUCUCUGUCCUGAAGGUGAAUAGUAACCGUUUAGGUGCAGGUCUGGUGGACUCCUCGCACUACAGAGACCUGGAGACAGAACUCUCUGUGCAGGACUCUGUUGACCUGGACCUGAAGACUGCGGAACGGCCUGAGCAGGAGCUGGCAGUGCGUCUGGACUUUGACAUCCCGUCAGCGGAGAAGGACUUCAUGGAGAAGAGGAAGGUGGUGGUGGGACAGGCUUUGCACAAACUUCUGGAGCUCAAUUCCCCUCUACAGACAGAUAAGGUCCCCCUGGUGGGUGUGGUUUGCUCAGGGGGCGGGACCAGGGCGAUGACUGGCGCUUUUGGGAGUCUGAAGGGUCUCCAGACUCUGGGAAUCCUGGAUGCCGUCAGCUACAUCACUGGGGUCUCAGGGGCCACAUGGGCGAUGUCCACCUUGUAUGAGAAGCCUGAUUGGUCUCAAAAGGACUUGGCCGUAGUCACUGAACCAAUAAAGAAGGAGAUGUUUGGGAGGUACCAGAGCAUUUUCUCUAAUGAACAGCACUAUUACUACAAACAAGAGAUGGAGCAAAGGGAGGCAGACGGCCUGCCGGUGUCCCUCAUUGACCUGUGGGGUCUGUUCAUCGAACACCUUAUCUAUGGGAAGAAAUGUGACAGUACCCUCUCUGACCAGAAGAGGGCGGUGUCAGAGGGACAGAAUCCUCUGCCCAUCUACACAGCAGUGAACAUGAAGACCUGCCUGAAAGGCGGCCUCAAAGAGACUGAGUGGUGUGAAUUUACGCCGUAUGAAGUUGGUCUUCUGAAGUACGGUGCAUUUGUACCCACUGAGGACUUUGGUAGUGAGUACUUCCAGGGUAAACAGAUCAAGAAACUUCCGGAGACUCGAUUGUCCUUCCUGAUUGGUAUCUGGAGUAGUGCAUUCUCUGUUAGCUUCACCCAGUUGUGGAGCUUUGUCACAGGACAUACCCCAUCAUGGAACCCCAUUCGUGAAACCAUAACUGACAUAGAGACAGACACCGACCCGUCCACACUGGACACGCUCCUGAUCAAACCAGCCACUAUGACUUCAAAGGUGAUCACAGAAUUCUUCAGCAGCCGGCCAAUCGUCAGCCAGGUGUACAACUUCAUGCAUGGCCUCAGUCUCCACUGGGACUACAACAAGAAGAGCAGUUUCACAGACGAGAAAGACACGCAUCCUGAUGCCUUUCCGAACCAGCUGACGCCAGGGGACCCCAUCCUGGAUCUGGUGGACUCGGGGUUGGCCUGUAACUUGGGGUUCCCCCCUUUGCUGCGACCCCACAGACGUAUGGACCUCAUCCUGUCCCUCAACUGCUCCUGGGAUUCAGACCAGUUUAUGGUGUUGAAGCAAACCCAGCAGCACUGCACUGAUCACAGGAUCCCGUUCCCUGACAUCGAUUUCAGCCGUGUGGGGAAAGAGGCCAUGAAGGAGGUGUACGUGUUUGAGGACGAGAAGAACCCCAAAGCUCCCAUUGUGGUUCACUUCCCUCUGGCCAACCUCACCUUCAGAGAGUUCAAAUCCCCAGGGGUCAAACGAGAGGGGAAAGAUGAACUGAAACAAGGAGACUUGGAUGUCAGCUCUAAAGACUCGCCAUAUCGUACUAGGAACAUGGCCUACCAGCCCGAGGACUUCCAGAAGCUGAUGGACCUCACUUGCUACAACGUCCUGAACAACCGCGACACCUUGCUGUCAGCUCUGCGCAGGGCGCUACAGAGAGAGAGAGUCCAUGAAGAUGAGGACGAACACGAACACAAAGACCACUGCUGUCCCUGAAUAGAUCCCUCCAAAGAACAAAUGCAAUGCCAAAUAUGUAAGGGGAAAAAAACUGAAAAUGAUUAGUAAAGGUGCCAUGACAAGGUGAUAAAUGUGGUAGUUUGCCAUUUGGUUUUGUGAAAGGUUUUUGAUAUUUAAAAUGAACAGACAAAUUACACCUCUCCCUUCCAUGCUGUUGAUUGGCUAGGAUUGUUUAUGGCUCGGUUCAAGCCGGUUUGUUUCCCCAUUUAUAGAGCCAUAGCUGUGUUCCAACACCAGAGUUGUUUUUGAGAGCAAACACUGAACGCACAGCCAGAAGACCGUGAGGAACCAUUCUCUGAAUUUGCCAAAGGUGUAUGGGAUCACAAUAGUAGACUGCACCUUUAACACACAGAUGUAUAACUGAUGAUUUAUAAUUACUAUUUGACCUGGUACCUUGUUAGUUGGCCUAUUUUACAUGAGUACUUACUCCCUGCAUAAACUGCACAGCUCCUCCAUUUCGUAUUCUGUAAAUAUGUUUUACUUUUUAUAUUUAGUUUUUCUUAUAUUCUGUAGUACUUAUGUUUUUUAUGUUUAUUGUCUGCACCAAUAUGCCAAAGCAAAUUCCUGGUAGGCGUAAACUGACUUGGUUCUGAUUCUGAAAAGGCACAGUGCAGCGUUUCUGCUGUUAAAAAAAUUAAGAUAUCCAAACUCGAGAUGAAUGGCUGAAAAUUGUGAGUGAGAUGUUCGUGAUGGAACAGCUAACACAUAGAUUAAGAGUACAGGCAGAACAAUGUGAAGAUGAAUGGGUGAAGUGGACUUUAUUGAAAGGUCAAUGACUGAUUUUGUCCAUUUGUUUACUUUUCUGUAUCUGUGUGAUAAAACUAUAAAAAUAAAGUGUCAAAAAAAUAAUAAUUAAGAUGUGCCAAUCAGUGUUUCUUGUUAUUUCUGCAGAUUCUGUACAACCGUCUCACCGUGGUAAGAAAAAGAGAUGUUGCCCUGCAAGAGAUUUGGUCUCCCCCCUAUACAAUGGUUGGAGUUAAUUGGACCAAUUUAAAGGGUGGCUCAUUUCAUGAGGUGAUGGGAGACGCAUGAAGGUUUAACCAUGUUUAGAUGUGUGAACACUGGUUUGCCUUGUUUUGUCCUAAGUGAAAUUGAGCCUAGUUAGAAUGUGUGCUAGUGAAAUGAGCAGAUUGCCUAGUGUUUGUAGCACUUUGAGAGCGUCUGUCUGUUUUUGAUUAUGUUUGUUUAUUUUGUGGGCACAUAUUUUUGGGACUCCCCUUUAAAUAAAAGAAUAUUUUUGUAUCGAAAAGCCACCAUCUCCUGCACCCUUCUUCCUAACUUCACCACCAAAUCCAGUCACCACAUCCCAAAAACGUGUGGGGGGGACCGCCUGUGUCACUCAAAGUCUCCAUCAGAAAAAUAUUUAAUUAAAAAAAAUAGACAGAACAGUAAAAUAAGAAUCAGGAAUAAUGGUAAACACGGUCUUUAUUUUGCCAUGUCAAUUAUAUAUUUUCAAAUUAAAAGGCCUUUCAGGAAAAGGUUUGUCAAAAAUGAAAAA